AUGGCUCCCGUUGCUUACUCUGACCUCCAAAAGUCGGCUCACGACUUGUUGAACAAGGACUUCUACCACCAAUCGACCGCUGCCGUCGACGUCAAGACCAUUGCCCCCAAUGGUGUUUCGUUCACCGUCAAGGGUAAGACCGCCAAGGACGACUCGAUUGCCGCCUCGGUUGAAGCCAAGUACGUCGACAAGCCCACUGGCUUGACCCUCACUCAAUCGUGGAACAACGCCAACGUCUUGGGUACCAAGAUUGAAUUGUCGGAAUUGUUGACCCCCGGCCUCAAGGGUGAAUUGGACACCUCGGUUGUCCCCAACGGUGCUAGAUCCGCCAAGCUUAACUUCUUCUACCAACAAUCGGCCGUUAACUCGAGAUUGUUCUUUGACUUGCUCAAGGGCCCCAUUGCCACCGCUGACUUGGUUGUGGCUCACGACGGUUUCACCGCCGGUGCCGAAUUGGGUUACGACAUUGCCUCGGCUAAGGUCAACAAGUACUCGCUCGGUGUUGGUUACGGUACCUUCAACUACGCUCUUGCCGCUACCGCUUCGUCGAACUUGACUGUCUUCAACGCCGCCUACUACCACAAGGUGUCGCCCCUUGUUGAAGUUGGUGCCAAGACCACCUGGGACUCGGUUAAGUCGAACAAGGUCAACGUUGAAUUCGCCACCAAGUACGCUUUGGACACUUCUGCCUUUGUCAAGGCUAAGAUCGCCGACUCUGGUUUGACCGCCUUGUCGUACUCGCAAGAAUUGAGACCCGGUGUCAAGUUGGGUCUUGGUGCUUCGUUCGACGCCUUGAAGUUGGCUGAACCCGUCCACAAGUUGGGUUUCUCGCUCUCGUUCACUGCUUAG